CUCUCUCUUGAUCUCCUGCACCCCUUUUCUCUCUCUCGAUCUCCCCUCUCAUGAACCCCUCUUCUCUCCCUAACCAUCCCCUCUCUCUCGAUCUCACGAAGACUUCCCUCUCUCACGCCAUAAUCUGCUUCCAUUUUAGGUAUGGAAGACCGAUUAAAUACCUACCAAACACUAGAAUUCCCUCUGAAAACAGCCCCAAAUCCUACACGAAGAUACAUGGUUGAAGAAGAAGAAGAACCAGGUCCUUCUGGAAGGGUACGUAGCGAUGGACGAGAAGAAGGAUCCGAUUCUUCAAGAUCAGCAGCAACAACAGGGGAUGUGUUGAGGAUGAAGAGCCUGACUGAUGGAGAUCUUGACGAACUGAAGGGGUGUUUGGAUCUAGGGUUUGGUUUCAACUAUGAAGAGAUCCCGGAGCUUUGUAAUACAUUGCCGGCGCUCGAGCUCUGCUACUCGAUGAGCCAAAGGUUCUUGGAUGAUCAGCGGCAGCAGCAGCAGAAGUCUAUGGAUGGGAGGGAUGUAGAGGAGGCAUGCUCCGUGUCAUCAGCGGCCGCGAGUCCAAUCACGAAUUGGAAGAUUUCAAGUCCUUCAAUGCAGGGACAUUGGCAAGGAGCUUUGUUGGAUGAUUUGGGCCCUCCAAAUAGCACACUUGCACAGAUGGAUGGAGAAAGUCAGGUAGACAGUCAUGAAUUGCCGUGGAUUGAUUUGGCAACCAUACAACUUGCCACCAAUAACUUUUUGGAGGCAAAUAAGCUUGGACAAGGUUGAUUUGGCCCUGUUUACAAGGUUUCAGACACAUUGUUUACAUGGGCAGACUUGCAGGCCAAACUAAACAGUGAGUUGCUGAGUAACUUGGGCAAUUUUGUUAAUCAGGUCCUGAGUUUCAUUGUUAAACCUCCAGGUUGACCAGUUGUGUUUGAAAGAAAUGUGUUAGUUUGAAUUAUCUGCAUUUUCUUGAACAUGCAAGUGUUAUUAUGAAAUCUAAUUUAAUGAAUUUUGAUAUUCCUACAAAAAAAAAAUGCUUCACUCUUCAAGUGGACCAAAAAUGAUGGGAGCCAGUGGCAGAUAAUCUGAAUUUUCCACUGGCAUGAAAACUGCAGCAUUAUUGUGUAGUUUGUGUUCUCGACCAUUGGAGCAUCAUGGUUUUGUUGCUUUAAAUAUAGUUUGCAUAUUAUUUAUAUUGACAAGGAAAGAACCCCAUGUUGGGUAUCUAUAGCUUAUUCAUGAAAUUUUAUGAUUCACUUGAGGCAUUCCAGAGAAGAAGGGUGUUUAGAGACAACAAAGGGUCCUAGAUGCAUUUUACUUGGACCGAAAAAGAUAGCUUAUUGAAAGGGAAAAUAGCAUGUUGGUAUCAUCCUGUGAAAAGAUAGCACUCUUUUUCUUUCCCGAUAAAGUGCACACUAAUCCUUAAUGGGGACGUGAGCAAUGCCCCCAAAGCUUUUAAUGGACACAUGGGAGGACCAAUCAUCAAUUUGAACCGACCAUUCUUUCAUACAACUAACCAUGUGAAAAAAUCAUACCAUAGGAAUGAUCCCAAGCAUCUGAUCAGUAACAUGGAAAAUGGACAGUUAAGAUUGAGC